UUUAAGCAUAAUUUGUUGACAUUGUUGAAGUUGAAACAUUAAACUGGAUAAACAAAUUUACAGCAUUGUGUAUUUGAACAUUCACGGCUUAUUUAGCGAGUUUGUUGUUACUUUAUAAUAAUAAUAGAAAUGGAUUUAUCGCCAAGAAUUCGUGACGAGACUCAAACUGAAAUUUGCAGAACAGAACUUCAGAAACAAUAUUUGUCUCCAAAAGCAAAUGCAUUCUCUAUAGAUUCAAUUCUUGGUCAAAGAAGUGUUAAAGACAGUGAAAUUGUUGAGGCACAUACAACCAGAGAUCACGAGCUUCCCGCCACACCGCCUCAUGCAGAUAGUCCACCUAAGAGUAUCAUAUCAGACGAUUCCAGUUCAGAUUAUAAAGCACGCGCAAGUACCACUCCGCCGUUGUCACCAGAACCCUACACCGGUAGUCUGCCGAAUGUAAAAUGUCGUCUGGAAACUAAAGAUCUUUGGGAUAAAUUCAACGACAUUGGAACAGAAAUGAUCAUCACCAAAACUGGAAGACGUAUGUUUCCAACCGUAAGAGCAUCAUUCUCUGGUUUAGAAGCAGAUGCUAGCUACGUCAUACUGUUAGAUAUCGUACCAAUAGACAACAAAAGAUACAGAUAUGCUUACCACAGAUCAUCUUGGUUAGUCGCGGGAAAAGCUGACCCACCCUUACCCACAAGGCUCUGUUCCCAUCCUGAUGGACCCUUUUCCGGUCUUCAGUUGCAGAAACAAACAAUAUCGUUUGAGAAGCUAAAGCUCACAAACAAUCUGAUGGAUAAAAAUGGACAGAUUAUCUUGAAUUCAAUGCACAAAUACCAACCACGCCUUCAUAUAGUAAAACGCCAACAAGAUGACAAAAGUUCUGUUACUGAUCUUGAAAAUGAAGAGUAUAGGACGUUUGUUUUCCCUGAAACUGUCUUCAUUGGGGUAACAGCCUAUCAAAACCAGCUGAUAACUAAGCUUAAAAUUGAGAGUAAUCCAUUUGCCAAAGGAUUUAGAGAUUCGAGUAGACUCAGCGAUAUUGAAAGGGAAACAAUGGAAAAUCUGUUGAACAAGCAUGGAUUUCCGAGAGUACCUUUUCCUUUUCCAAUUGACGAAGAAAGUUUGAAGUAUAGAGACACAUUUUUAUCAAGAGAUGGUAUUUUCCCAUUUGGAAUGAUGCCAACAUCAAGUCCCAUGCUACCAGGUCUACCUCUUCAUUCAUUGGAUUCUAGAAUGAUACCCAGUUAUAACAGUGUAUUGAUAAACGGCCAACCAAUGACAAGUGAACACGAAGCAAUAUUAAGAAGCAAUAUAAUCAGAAACUCUUUACAGUCAUCGCCGCCAUCUAGUCUUCAUUCAAGUCACAUGUACCGCUACCAUCCUUAUCUAUCAAAAUCGGGACAUGUUUGAGACUUCAAAAUCUUAACAUUUAGGUCUCCACUUGCGACAAUCGUAUAGAUCGACCACGGUCCAAGACUUUCGUUGUUUCAUUCUUGGAUGCUGGUUUCAUCCUGUAUUGAAUAAGUAACAAUAAGUCUAAACAAACAGUACGAGCAACCAAUGUAUACCAUGCUAGAUUAUCCUAUAUAUGGCAUGGUCAGAGCAUUGCUGAAGGGAAAAUACACCUUAAAGCCAAAGUUGUCUUAUUGACGGUAGAUUAACUUUCUUGAAAUUGAUCUAUUCGACUUACUGAUACAAGGCAGCUUUAGAUUUUUGACAUUAUGUAUUGUGAUGUGAUAAUAAAGUACUGUAGGCAAGCUUUCAAUCACUGCGAGUCUUGAAAUGCUGCAUGUUAGCCCAAAGAUUCAUGGCAUGCACUUGAAUUUAACUUAUAUUUGUGAUGAAAAACAUUGUUUUCAAAUGGUGCUUUUGAAAUAUAUAAAUUUAUAUGUGUAACUAAUUUAAUGUGUUUGAAGUUCAGUAUUGUUGAGAAUAAAUAGCAAUAAAUGUGAUAUAUGAAAAUGUGA